AUGCAGGCCAUUCGUGAGGCAUACGAAUGGACCCACUACGCGCAGAACGAGCAGUUUGAAAAAAUAAUGGACGAACUCGAAAAUUCCUCAGGAGACGAAGUUGACCCAGUGGAUCAACCCGUCCCCUCAGGAACGAGGAACUCCAUCGAGGAGAUAGCGGUAGAGCAAGGAUUAUACCCCUCAGAGGUCGAGGACCCGAUGGCUGGUGCUCCCGAUAUAGUUAUCGAGAGCGCGUACCGUCGGUUGGCCUGA